ACGACAGUAACGUUAGCUGUGUACUCGCGCUGAAUUAGCCGGAAUAUGCUAUUAAAAUCUGAUUGCGGAUAAUUAUUUGUGACACAGAAACAAUGUCUUCACUUGAGUAUUUGAGAGAGUUUGUCAACCAGCGACUAACUGCUGCUGCGGAAGAAAUAUUCGGAGUUUUUAAAAGAAGCAUCGUCGAGUACGAAGAAGAGCUCAGCCGUCAGCGCAGACUGCUGGAAAACAUCUGCAAACCUGAAAUAAAGUCAGCCAGGACAGAGUUCCCACAGCAACAUGUCUGUCAUGAGGAGGAGGUUCUUGCUGACCAGCAGGAGCUCUGUACUCCGGGGAGGAGCUCCAGUCUGGACCAAGAGGACCCAGAGCCUCCGCUGAUUAAAGAGGAGCAGGAGGAGCUCUGCAUUAAUCAGGAGGGAGAGCAGCUUUUACUGAAGGAGGAGGAGACUGAUACCUUUAUGUUUACUCCUGCUUAUGAGGAAAAUGAUCACUGCGAAGAUCAAACUCUGUACUUGAGCGCUGAUGAACGUCAGACUGUGGUGGGUGAAAAUACUCUCAGCUACAUUUCAGUUGUAAACACGGUGGUAUCAGAACAAAACAUGGACCUCCAGCUCCUCUCUCAUAACUAUCAUGUAGCUGAGAGCCGAGAUCAUACAGGAGGCCAGCAUGGAGACUCUGGGUCAUCGACAGAUGCAGAGCCAGAACAACAUCACAGAAGCAGCAGUCACACUUUCCACGUCUAUGACCCUACUAUGCCGACAGUUCGCCGUAAUGCAAACGCACAUGAUAAGUCUUUUAAAUGCGAAAUGUGCGAAAGAGUUUUCAAGUCUAAGUCACAUUUGCAGAGACACAUGACAAUACACACAGGUGAGAAGCCUUUUUCGUGCAAAAUAUGCGGGAAAGAUUUCAGACACAACAGCACCUUGAAAGUCCACAUAAGAACGCACACAGGUGAGAAGCCGUACUUUUGCAAGUUCUGCGGGAAGAGAUUCUGUGCAGUUUCACCCAUGAAAAGGCACAUGAGAGUCCACACGGUUGAGAAGAAGUUGCACACUUGCCAAACGUGUGGGAAAAGCUUCUGUCAGUCAUCGGAUUUGAAAGAUCAUAUGAGAAUCCACACAGGUGAGAAGCCGUUUAAAUGCGAAAAAUGUGGGAGGUCCUUCAGGCUUAGCGGCCACUUGAUGAUCCACAUCAGAGCCCACGCUGGCGAGAGGCCUCAUGUUUGCAAGAUCUGCGGGAAUAGGUACUUCCGUGUGUCUCAUUUGCUAAAUCAUAUGGAAACGCACAAAGGCGAGUAGCUUUGUAUUUGUCAGAUAUGUGGAGGACAUUUCAGUUCUCCUAGUUCACGGUCAAAACACAUACAAACUUACACAAGUAAAAAUCACGUAAUUGCCACACUUGUGGGAAAGGUUUUGCCAAAAUAACAUAAUUUACUGAUCAUAAAUAAAUAUUUUUAUUUUAUUUUAUUUAUUCACUGAAAAAAUAAACUUUUGCAAUUGCUUCUUCUCUAAUUAAAUAUAUACAAUUUUCCAUUGAGAAGGGGUCAUGAUAUCUUACUGUAAUAAGGCAGUACAUUGUGAACUAUGCCAACAAUAUUUGUUAAAUUAACUGAGUGCCAAGUUCUGACAAAUGUUUAAAUCUGUUUUUAUGCAUCACCACAGUCAUAUGAGUGGAUUGUUACCUCUGAUGUGGAGGCUGAAAAACUCUUUAGUGGUGUUGGGUCACUUGUGUUAACAACUUUAUUUCUGUAUGCAACAUUUCAUAUACAUUUUCUUUAUUAUUUUAUAUAACUUAAGUUGUUUGUUGCUAUUAAAGUGACACACAAAUUGUAGAUGGCGUGCUACAUGGUGCUGUGAACGAAUAAGACCUGAGUAAUAAAUACAAUGAUGGGUGACCAAAGGGACGUGGGCAAGAAAAUGCAAUGUUUUGAUUUCAUGUAAGUAUUUUGACAAUAAAGCUUUGCAAAAUGACAAUGUAAGAAUACCAGAUUCAGAUUACAGAUAAAGCUAUAAACAAAUGGUGUUUGCGAUGGUGGACUUUAACUAUUAUCUGUGCUCUAUAACUGUUUUCAUGGACAACAUUGAUUGUCCGGACGGCCCAGAUUGCAUGAAGAUUUCACACAGAUAUGCUGUAAACACUUCUAAUAAAAAAAAUAAAUACAGUAUUCUGUGAUUCAU